GAGGACAGAGGCUUACGUCAAGAUCCAAACUCCUCCCCGCUCCCGGCUGCUCGCUGCUUCUAGACUCCACCGUCCGAUCCGGGAUCUACCAACCCAGCGCGCCGGAGAUCCCACCGGAGUCCGCCGCAGCCUACCUCGCCGCCUCUGUCGCUGCGCCGGUUCUAGCAGGGGGCACCGCAUUCUAUUCCAGAAUCUACUUUUGCCUUUCGAGGGAGUGGUGACACUGAAGUUCUUGUGAUGGCUGCCGCAAACGGACUAGUCCAUGCACCUGCCAAGAAGCCCUUGUUCACAUUUGGCGUCAUUGCUGAUGUCCAGUACGCCGAUAUCCCAGACGGCCGCUCCUUCCUCGGCGUCCCACGCUACUACCGGCACAGCAUCAGCGUCCUUGAAAGAGCUGUCAGCACAUGGAACAAGCAAGGCAAUAUCAAGUUCUCCAUCAACUUUGGAGACACCAUCGACGGGUUCUGCCCAAAGGACAAGUCGUUGUGGGCGGUGCAGAAGGUCAUUGACGAGUUUGAGAAGUUCGAUGGCCCGACCUACCACAUGUUUGGCAACCAUUGCCUCUACAACCUUCCUCGGAGCAAGCUGGUCGCAUUAUUGAAGAUGCCGACGGAUUCUGAUCGCGCGUAUUAUGACUUCUCACCAUGUCCUGAGUACAGAUUUGUUGUUCUGGAUGCUUAUGAUUUCAGCGCACUUGGCUGGCCUCACGAUCAUCCUGUGACUGCAGCAGCAAUGAAGCUCCUCGAUGAAAAGAACCCAAACACCGACAAGAACAGCCCUGACGGUCUGGUUGGCGUCGACAGGCGGUUUGUGAAGUUCAAUGGUGCGGUAGGCAAGGAGCAGCUGUCCUGGCUCAGUGAUGUCCUCCAGGAUGCAUCGGACCGCCGGCAGAAUGUCAUCCUAUGCAGUCAUCUCCCAAUGGACCCUGGCGCAGUGUACCCAGCAGCUCUUAUGUGGAACUAUGAUGAGGUGAUGGCUAUUGUUCGACGGUACAACUGUGUUAGGGCCUGCUUUGCCGGGCAUGACCACAAGGGUGGCUACUCGGUGGACUCCCACGGCGUGCACCAUCGCACCCUCGAGGCUGCGCUGGAGUGUCCUCCGGGCACCAGUGCAUUCGGGCGUAUCGAAGCCUAUCCUGACAAGCUAUUGCUUGUAGGCUCUGAUGGAAUGGCUGAUACUGAAAUGUGUUUUCGGUCCUCUGAUCGAGCUGCGUUGUAGAGUAAAAUCCAUGUGACUUCAUUAUUUUGACUUUUGGUGAUGCCAUUGAGAGAAAACUCAUGUGACUUCCUGUUGUCUGACGACACUAUUACUUGUAAAUAACAUUGAAAGUGGUGGAAUAAAUAAUGGAACUGUUGUAAUGCUCA